UUACCUGUUCUACUCUUCGUCCUUCAGAACUCGCUCGCUGGAGGCCGAUGCGGCGGCGGCAGCGGCAGCGGCUUUCUCUUCCUCCCGAAGGAUCUUCUGCACAUCGUUGACCCGCAUCCGGACGACACCGCCGACCACAAUUGCGGCGGUGCCCAGGGUCCAGAUCCACAGGAUCUUGAGGCCCGGGCUCUUCUGGCUCCACCUCGUCACCAUUAG